AGUAUAUAUCUACAGUAUCAAAAUUUCUCAUGUUUAAGCUCUACUAUCUUACGCGAUAAACGAAGUUGCUUAGUAUUUGUGACCUGCGUCAUUCAUGGAAGCGGAAGAAAAGCAGUAUUGUACUGGCAUAUCGCUAGUUGGUUUGGUUUCGACUUGUCAAGUAACAAGAAGACACGUAAAAAAGCGAUCACUGUAGUCGAGACGGUCAGUUCUACGCGAAGCGUUUUCUCAGCAUGCACGCGUCGGCGUUGUUUGUCACGAUUUUCUCGCUAUAUAUCUCGAUCACUGUGACCUAUCCGACAACGGAGAUCGUAUACCAAACAGACAUACCGAAAAAAUGUUGCAACGCUGGCCAUAUCUUCAACGAAGACCUCAAGUGCGUUUAUCUGGAACCAGAUAGACUCAACUACGCCACAUAUAACGAUGUCUUGCAGAUGAUCUCAUCACACUCGCAACAAAUCACAACAGUGAUCGCGUCUGUGCAAGGCCUGAACUGCCGCUACGACACCGAUACAAAGUACAUCUCGCAUGUACUAAAGGAAUAUUGUAUCGAAAGCAUGAUCAACGGUACAACAAUGUUAGUCAAAUGUCCAGAGAUUAGUACAGACGUGACUUCAAAUAAUUUAGCGGAAACGACGAUGAUGACAAAGACAAUAAUCACCGUGACAACCAUCACAACUAUUACUACCAUCAACACGGCAAAAAACGAAACAAACUCAUCGAAGAUAGACCAGAAAGAGAUCAUUCAUUACAACAACAGUCUGGGCACAGUAUUUUUUUGGGGUGCGCAAACUUAUAUGGAUACAAAUGUGGCUCAUGUAGUUCUUUGCAUUGUUGUUGUUGCGGUGUACCUGUCCGUUCCGGAGUUGGGCAAAAAUAUCUACAAUCGCGCGAUACUUCGUCACAACUUGUGUCUACUAUUGCAGGGCUCUCUGUUGAUGUUCCUCGGCUUCUGCGAACUGCGCAAUUGCCAGAUUAACGACAAUUUUGCUAUAUUCAUGUGGAUAAUGCAGCAAUAUUUUACAAACGCUACAGUUUUCUGGUUGAACGUAAUCUGCUUUGACAUGACACUGUCUAUCACGCGGUUUCGCUGGAUAGUGGGAUCCGAUCAACGCACCAGCCAGGCGGAGAAUAGACGAUUGUUAAUAUAUGGCAUUUUUGCCUGGGGUGGAGCUCUGAUUCCCGCCAUCGUCGCUUUUAUUUUAGAGUAUUCUCCCGGUAUUCCAGAGGAUUUCCCAUUGAAACCUAACUACCGCCGCUAUCGCGGUGGACCGAACUUCGUGGUAAACAUCUAUUUUUUCAGCAUACCGUUGUUCACGCUCUUUUGGAACAAUAUAUUGUUUAUCUUCACCACAUACAAAAUUAUACGAAUACAACGAAGUACAAAAAUCGCGACACGAAAUCAAACUAACGUUCUGAGGAAGAAGUACUUCCUCUUCUUGCAGAUGUACUUACUGAUGGGCGCACCGUGGUUCUUCGGAUUGCUUUUUGCUUGCAUGAACAAACUCGUGGUGCUGAAAAUAUGCCGGUUAAUCUGGCCAAUAUUAUGGCUGCUAAUACCUGCAGCGGACAAAAAACUGCGCGAAAAGUUUGUGAGUAAAUUGCGACGAAUCAGAAAGAAACAAGAAACCACUACUAGCUCGUAAAUACAAACAAACUCUUUCAAAGUUUUUGUAAAAUUCAAUCAUCGUUGCCUUGAAGUAAUAACAAUAAUGUAAACGUGACAGAAUCAGCGUUUGUCGAAUGCAAAGUGUUCGUCGUAGUACGAAGAAUUAUGAGACGUUCGUUUACUGCUAUUAUUGCGCAACUUUGUGAUGUAGGUUUUCUCAUGUAGGGUAUUUGCAUUUUUUCUUACGCAAGUCUCUCCUAGGAAACUUCGUUAAGGAAAAAAAUCAACGAUGACAAUGAGUCGCCUGACUGAUUAUAUACAUAGACUGAGAACGAUGAGUCGUGCGCUUAUAAACUCAGAACUAACAGAACUAAUAAUAAAAGAUUCGUGAUGUAAUCUUGACAAUUAAGAAACUUUAAUUAGAAUAUUCGUGAUGUACUGCUGCUCGUUUCUUGCGCUUUUAUGGGUUUUUAUGUACAGAAUUUUAUCAACUCAAUAGUCUAGAAUGGGAACGAGUAUAUCUUAAGCUAGCGUUUGGUAUUUUUUUAAGAUAAGAAUGUAAUAUAUUUUUUCUUGAAAACAUAUAAAAAAGCUAAAGAUUAAAGUACUUAAUACAUACAAGGUAUACAAAAGUGUUUUAACAUGUAAGUCGAUUUUGUGAAACUUAGCAGUUUCAAAACGCGAAAUAUAUAAAUGGUGAUAAGAGCCGUACGCUGGAUGUUGUAGCAAAAAUAAGUGUAUAUAUAUAUAUAAUUUAUUCACGUGUAAAUUUUUCACGUGAGUUUUAACAGUUUCAAUAAAGAAAGUUACUGUUUUCUCUCUGUUUCUGCGAAUUA